CUGAUAGACGGCACUGACUGGCAUCACUGCUGGGCACUGACUGGCGGCACUGACUGGCACAACCCCUGGGCACUGACUGGCAGCACUGCUGGGCUGCACUGGUGGGUGGCACUGGUGGGCAGCACUGGUGGGUGGGCACAGGUGGGUGGCACUGGUGGGUGCACUGCUGGGCACAGGUGGGCAGAACUUGCGGGUAGCACUGCUGGGCACCGAUCAUCAGGGUACUGAUCAUCAGUGCCCUGAUGAUCGGUGCCGAUCCCCGCUCUGACAACUGCCGGUUCUCGGCAGUACUUUCCUCACGAUCUGACAGCAUGAGGAAAAAGUGCAGCCGAGAACCGGCACUUGCAU